AUGGAAAACGGAGGGGCAGGCACUCUGCAGAUAAGGCAAGUCCUGCUUUUCUUUGUUUUGCUGGGAAUGUCUCAGGCGGGCUCUGAAACUGGGAACUUUUUGGUGAUGGAGGAAUUGCAGAGCGGGAGCUUUGUAGGAAAUUUGGCAAAGACCCUGGGACUCGAGGUGAGUGAGCUGUCUUCGCGGGGGGCUCGGGUGGUUUCUAAUGAUAACAAAGAGUGUUUGCAGCUGGACAGAAACACUGGGGAUUUGCUCCUGAGCGAAAUGCUAGACAGGGAGGAGCUCUGUGGCUCCAAUGAGCCUUGUGUGCUGUAUUUCCAAGUGUUAAUGAAAAACCCCACGCAGUUUUUACAAAUUGAGCUCCAGGUCAGGGAUAUAAAUGAUCACUCUCCCGUCUUCUUGGAAAAAGAAAUGCUCUUAGAAAUCCCAGAGAACAGUCCUGUUGGUGCUGUGUUCUUGCUUGAAAGUGCAAAGGAUUUAGAUGUAGGAAUCAAUGCUGUAAAAAGCUACACAGUAAAUCCGAACUCUCAUUUCCACGUUAAAAUAAGAGUCAAUCCAGACAAUAGGAAAUACCCUGAGUUAGUUCUGGACAAGGCGCUGGAUUAUGAAGAGCUCCCGGAGCUCAGUUUCAUCCUCACUGCUCUGGAUGGCGGGUCCCCUCCCAGGUCUGGAACUGCCUUGGUCAGGGUGGUGGUUGUAGAUAUUAAUGACAACUCCCCUGAGUUUGAGCAGGCUUUUUACGAGGUGAAGAUUCUGGAGAAUAGCAUCCUUGGCUCCCUGGUUGUGACCGUCUCAGCCUCAGAUUUAGACUCUGGAACAAACAGUGAAAUAUCCUAUACCUUUUCCCAUGCCUCAGAAGAUAUUCGCAAGACAUUUGAAAUUAAUCAAAAGUCUGGAGACAUUACUUUAACAGCACCUUUGGAUUUUGAAGCAAUUGAGUCAUACUCAAUAAUCAUUCAAGCCACAGAUGGGGGAGGACUUUUUGGAAAAUCUACAGUCAGAAUUCAGGUGAUGGAUGUAAAUGACAAUGCUCCUGAAAUCACUGUGUCAUCAAUUACCAGUCCAAUCCCAGAAAACACUCCAGAGACCGUGGUUAUGGUUUUCAGGAUACGAGACAGAGACUCUGGGGACAACGGAAAAAUGGUUUGUUCUAUCCCGGAAGACAUCCCAUUCGUGCUAAAAUCUUCGGUAAAUAAUUACUACACUUUGGAAACAGAGAGACCGCUGGACAGAGAGAGCAGAGCCGAGUACAACAUUACCAUCACCGUCACCGACCUGGGGACCCCCAGGCUAAAAACCGAGCACAACAUAACCGUGCUGGUCUCCGACGUCAAUGACAAUGCCCCCGCCUUCACCCAAACUUCCUACACCCUGUUCGUCCGCGAGAACAACAGCCCCGCCCUGCACAUCGGCAGCAUCAGCGCCACAGACAGAGACUCAGGCACCAACGCCCAGGUCACCUACUCGCUGCUGCCAUCCCAGGACCCGCACCUGCCCCUCGCCUCCCUGGUCUCCAUCAACGCGGACAACGGCCACCUGUUCGCCCUCAGGUCGCUGGACUACGAGGCCCUGCAGGGGUUCGAGUUCCGCGUGGGCGCCACAGACCGCGGCUCCCCGGCGCUGAGCAGCGAGGCGCUGGUGCGCGUGCUGGUGCUGGACGCCAACGACAACUCGCCCUUCGUGCUGUACCCGCUGCAGAACGGCUCCGCGCCCUGCACCGAGCUGGUGCCCCGGGCGGCCGAGCCGGGCUAUCUGGUGACCAAGGUGGUGGCGGUGGACGGCGACUCGGGCCAGAACGCCUGGCUGUCGUACCAGCUGCUCAAGGCCACGGAACCCGGGCUAUUCGGCAUGUGGGCGCACAAUGGCGAGGUGCGCACCGCCAGGCUGCUGAGCGAGCGCGACGCGGCCAAGCAGAGGCUGGUGGUGCUGGUCAAGGACAAUGGCGAGCCUCCGCGCUCGGCCACCGCCACGCUGCACGUGCUCCUGGUGGACGGCUUCUCCCAGCCCUACCUGCCGCUCCCUGAGGCGGCCCCGGCCCAGGCCCAGGCCGACUCGCUCACUGUCUACCUGGUCGUGGCGUUGGCCUCGGUGUCGUCGCUCUUCCUCUUCUCGGUGCUCCUGUUCGUGGCGGUACGGCUGUGCAGGAGGAGCAGGGCGGCCUCGGUGGGUCGCUGCUCGGUGCCCGAGGGCCCCUUUCCAGGACAUCUGGUGGACGUGAGUGGCACCGGGACCCUGUCCCAGAGCUACCAGUAUGAGGUGUGUGUGACUGGAGGCUCCAGGUCAAAUGAGUUCAAAUUUCUGAAACCGAUUAUCCCCAACUUCCUACCCCAGAGCACAGGUAGUGAAGUCGAAGAAAAUCCCCCAUUUCAGAAUAAUUUGGGUUUCUGAUAAAGAAUGAAAAAUAAAUCCUGUGUUUAUGAAUACAUUUAUAAUUAGGAACUUAUCGUGAGGUGCCUGUAAAGUAGUAUUUUUGAUCACUUCAAAUACAUACUCUUCAAGUCAAGAAAUAAAUUUCUUUACAUAGAAAAGGAUACAAAUUUAGUACCAAGAACACUUCACAAAGCAGGAAAUGUGCAUGUGUAAUGUUUUAUGUCAAACAAUUAUGCUUAAUAUAAAGUCUAUUAAGUGGUAAGUCUUGUUUGAGAUAUUUUAAAUUGCUUUCCGUUGUUUUCAAUAUUUACUGUGACUUUCAUUUUCUGAGUUGAUUAGAAUGCUGUUCGAGUAUACCUACCCUAGUUUCAGAACCAUAGAUUGUAGUGUACCUUUUUAAACUUUAUUUUAAAAAAAAAGUGGUUUUAUGAAUCAUACACUAUUUUCACACUUUUAAUCUCAGAAGAAACAUAUGUGGCAUGGUAUUUUAGUAAUGACCAAAUAGACAGCCUUAGAGAUUCAGUAAGUUCACUAAGGUCCACUAACUAAUAAGUGACAAAACUGAGCAUCCAUCCUAGAUCUGCCUGACUCUGAGUCAGUGACUUUGCUCCCAUUCCAUACAGUUUUCGUCAUUGGAUAUCACCUGGCAAGUUUCUGCCUAACUAAAGAGAAGAAAAGUUUUUAUCGUAUUCAUACUACUGUUCAAUCUUUAUUUAGAAAUAAUCUUUAUCUAUGUUUUCAUUUUCUUAUAAACCAGUAAUCUUGCUUUUCUGGGUAAAUUUUCCGCUAUUAUUACUAAUGCUCUGAUCUGUCCAAAUCUUAAGUAAAAAACAAAAUUGAAAGAGCAA